CGACAACAACUCCCAUCUGUGAAGAAACGGAUGGAAUGGAUUCAAUAACAACAAUACCUUCAACUGAAAUUACAACAAAUGACAAGAAGGCAGACAUUGAAAAUCUGCGACCUUCGUCUAAGACACCGUUUAAAAGUUCUGAAGACAAAUUGGUUAUAGAGUACGUGCCUACGAAGACAAGACCAAUAGCCAAUGUUGAACUGGUUUCUACUGAUAAUGUUAAGACAUAUACAGUGCAAUUCUUUAAUGCAGAUGGAACUGUGACAACGAGAAAGGUGAAUGUCGGCGAAACGGCUACAAGUGUUGGAACUAAACCUGACGUGAGAAAAGUAAAUGUAAUUAUCACACCUGAUGACAAAGAAGAUUCUUACCAACCUGUUCAGCUUCAAUUAAGUGUCCACGCCUGUUUUGAAGUCAUUUCUACUUCAAUUCCAAGUACAACAACAACUCCACAGACAGCGUCUUCAGCAGUAAUCACUACAGCCGAGGUUACACCAACACCUACAGCUACAUCCGAAAUUUCAACCGGAACUACUCAAACAUUAAAGGUAUCAAGUGGAAAAGUUACAACACCAACUCAAGUGUCAACGACAAGUCCAUCUCCUGGGCUUUCAAUUACAACAAUAGCGACAACAACUCCCAUCUGUGAAGAAACGGAUGGAAUGAAUUCAAUAACAACAAUACCUUCAACUGAAAUUACAACAAAUGACAAGACAGCAGAAAAUGAAAAUCUGCGACCUUCGUCUAAGACACCGUUUAGAAGUUCUGAAGACAAAUUGGUUAUAGAGUAUGUGCCUACGAAGACAAGACCAAUAGCCAAUGUUGAACUGGUUUCUACUGAUAAUGUUAAGACGUAUACAGUGCAAUUCUUUAAUGCAGAUGGAACUGUGACAACGAGAAAGGUGAAAGUUGGCGAAAAGGCUACAAGUGUUGGAACUAAACCUGACGUGAGAAAAGUGAAUGUAAUUAUCACACCUGAUGACAAAGAAGAUUCUUACAAACCUGUACAGCUUCAAUUAAGUGUCCACGCCUGUUUUGAAGUCAUUUCUACUUCAAUUCCAAGUACAACAACAGUUCCACAAACAGCGUCUUCAGCAGUAAUUAUUACAGCCGAGGUUACACCAACACCUACAGCUACAUCCGAAAUUUCAACUGAAACUACUCAAACAUUAAAGGUAUCAAGUGGAAAAGUUACAACACAAACCCAAGUGUCAACGACAAGGCCAUCUCCUGGGCUUUCAAUUACAACAAUAGCGACAACAACUCCCAUCUGUGAAGAAACGGAUGGAAUGGAUUCAAUAACAACAAUACCUUCAACUGAAAUUACAACAAAUGACAAGACAGCAGAAAUUGAAAAUCUGCGACCUUCGUCACAGACACCGUUUAAAAGUUCUGAAGACAAGUUGGUUAUAGAGUAUGUGCCUACGAAGACAAGACCAAUAGCCAAUGUUGAACUGGUUUCUACUGAUAAUGUUAAGACGUAUACAGUGCAAUUCUUUAAUGCAGAUGGAACUGUGACAACGAGAAAGGUGAAAAUUGGCGAAAAGGCUACAAGUGUUGGAACUAAACCUGACUUGAGAAAAGUGAAUGUAAUUAUCACACCUGAUGACAAAGAAGAUUCUUACAAACCUGUAGAGCUUCAAUUAAGUGUCCACGCCUGUUUUGAAGUCAUUUCUACUUCAAUUCCAAGUACAACAACAGUUCCACAGACAGCGUCUUCAGCAGUAAUCACUACAGCCGAGGUUACACCAACACCUACUGCUACAUCCGAAAUUUCAACUGAAACUACUCAAACACUAAAGGUAUCAAGUGGAAAAGUUACAACACCAACCCAAGUGUCAACGACAAGGCCAUCUCCUGGGCUUUCAAUUACAACAAUAGCGACAACAACUCCCAUCUGUGAAGAAACGGAUGGAAUGAAUUCAAUAACAACAAUACCUUCAACUGAAAUUACAACAAAUGACAAGACAGCAGAAAUUGAAAAUCUGCGACCUUCGUCUAAGACACCGUUUAAAAGUUUUGAAGACAAAUUGGUUAUAGAGUAUGUGCCUACGAAGACAAGACCAAUAGCCAAUGUUGAAGUGGUUUCUACUGAUAAUGUUAAGACGUAUACAGUGCAAUUCUUUAAUGCUGAUGGAACUGUGACAACGAGAAAGGUGAAAGUUGGCGAAAAGGCUACAAGUGUUGGAACUAAACCUGACGUGAGAAAAGUGAAUGUAAUUAUCACACCUGAUGACAAAGAAGAUUCUUACAAACCUGUACAGCUUCACUUAAGUGUCCACGCCUGUUUUGAAGUCAUUUCUACUUCAAUUCCAAGUACAACAACAGUUCCACAGACAGCGUCUUCAGCAGUAAUCACUACAGCCGAGCCUACACAAACACCUACAGCUACAUCCGAAAUUUCAACUGAAACUACUCAAACACUAAAGGUAUCAAGUGGAAAAGUUACAACACCAACCCAAGUGUCAACGACAAGGCCAUCUCCUGGGCUUUCAAUUACAACAAUAGCGACAACAACUCCCAUCUGUGAAGAAACGGAUGGAAUGGAUUCAAUAACAACAAUACCUUCAACUGAAAUUACAGCAAAUGACAAGACAGCAGAAAUUGAAAAUCUGCGAACUUCGUCUAAGACACCAUUUAAAAGUUCUGAAGGCAAAUUGGUUAUAGAGUACGUGCCUACGAAGACAAGACCAAUAGCCAAUGUUGAACUGGUUUCUACUGAUAAUGUUAAGACGUAUACAGUGCAAUUCUUCAAUGCAGAUGGAACUGUGACAACGAAAAAGGUGAAAGUUGGCGAAAAGGCUACAAGUGUUGGAACUAAACCUGACGUGAGAAAAGUGAAUGUAAUUAUCACACCUGAUGACAAAGAAGAUUCUUACAAACCUGUACAGCUUCAAUUAAGUGUCCACGCCUGUUUUGAAGUCACUUCGACGUCAAUUCCAAGUACAACUACUGUCCCACAGACGUCAUCAACAGGAAGCACCACAGUCGAAGCUAUACCUACAAUUUCAAGUGAAACUACUACAUCAUUAACGGGAAAUUGUGAUGCCCCUCUUGGAUUAGAAUCUGGAAAGAUAUCCUCGUCGAAAAUUAAAUACUCCACUUCGGAUAAUGGUAGUGGUUUUGGUAGACUUAAUCAAACACCGUGGGUGCCGAAAAAAGGUUUUGAAUCCGGGUCUUACAUAGAAGUCUUAUUUCACGGACAGACAGGUGCAUUUUCAAGAAUCAACUUUCAAGGUGGAAGUAUCAAUGGUGUGGGGUCUGGAUAUGUUACCUCAUUUAAGAUCGAAGUUCGUGAAAAAAGUGGAAAUUGGAAACCUGUAAAAGGCGUUUUCAAAGGCAGUCAGAAUGCUGACACAGUUGUCAGCAAACGAAUUUAUCCAAUGGCAAAUGGAGAUGGGAUCCGAAUAUACCCACUCACUUGGUUCAAUAGACCAUUAUUUAGAUUUGAACUGUUUGGCUGUAUCUUUUCAAGUAGUACAACCGAGAGUAUGAGUACACCAUUACCUUCAGAAACAACGAGUUCUAUGAGUACACCAACGAGCUCUGUGGUCACAUCAACGAGUUCUAUGAGUACACCAACGAGCUCUGUGGUCACAUCGACCAGUUCUAUGACUACAAGUACGGCAAUAACAACUACAAAAGGUGAAUGCACAGAGGAGAUGAGAAAAACUGGAAUUAUUGAUGAAAACCUUAUAACAUUUAGUAGCAACCUAGGUACUGGCAAUGCGAAACUUGGCGGUGAAGCAUGGAGUCCUACAGAAACUGACUUAAAACCUUCUGUUACUAUCAGCUUCCCAAAUAAAGCUAAAGUGACUUCAAUCAUGGUCCAAGGAGGUUUGAAUGGAUUUGUCGAACAAUUUCAUAUUGGCAUAAAGGAAACACCUGAAGAGUUCCAGUAUAUAAAGAAUAUCAAUCAUGAACAGAUGACGUUUGUUGGCAACACAGAUAAUACUGGAAUAGUAACUAUUGAGAUGCCUGCCGAAAUAAAAACCACGAACAUAAUAAGUAUUCAACUAUUUCCCGUAAUACCAAAAGACAAACCAGUUGAACUAAGAUUUGAAGUAAUCGGGUGUGCUGCUAGUAUAACAACACCAAUGGUAACUUCAGUAACAACACAACCAAUAACGACAGGUACAACAGUUCCCACUAUUACAACUCCACCACCACCUGCACCUCCAGUGACAACAAUUACAACGAAGACAACAGGUACAACUCAACAGCCUACAACAACUGAAGUGACAUCAAAACAAACACAUACUCCAGGUACGACGCAGAAAACAACAACCAGCGUCGGAACAUCACAAGCAACACCCACACCAAGUACCACAGAACCGCUUACAACACAUGUUGGUACAACCCAGUCAACACCUACAACAGGUACGACUCCACAACCUUUCACUUCUGCAACGACGUCACAAACAACACCUACUCCAGGUACUACACCACAGCCAACAACAACUGUAGCUACAACACAACCAUCAUCUACGCCAGUUGUAACAGAACAGCCUUCAACUACAACAUUAACAACACCAAAAACAGGCCAGACAGAGACUGCUACAACAACUGUUGGAACAAUUCCAACAGGUGAAACAACAUUGAGCGUAUCAACUACACCUCCACUGCCAACAACACCAAGUAUCACACAACAGCCUACAACCACUGUCGGUACAUCACAACCAACACCUACUGAAGGUACCACACAACAGCCUCCAACCACUGUUGGUACAUCACAGGCAACACCUACUCCAGGUACCACACAACAACCUACAACCACUGUCAGUACAUCACAGGCAACACCUACUCCAGGUACUACACAACAGCGUACAACCACAGUCGGUACAUCACAGCCAACACCUACUGAAGUUACCACACAACAGCCAACAACUACUGCCGGUACAUCACAACCGACACCUACUGAAGGUACCACACAACAGCCUCCAACCACUGUUGGUACAUCACAGGCAACACCUACUGAAGGUACUACACAGCAGCCAACAACCACUGUUGCCACAUCAGAACCAACACCUACUCCAGGGACCACAAAACAGCCUACAACCACAGUCGGUACAUCACAGCCAAAACCUACUGAAGUUACCACACAACAGCCAACAACUACUGCAGGUACAUCACAACCAACACUUACUGAAGGUACUACACAACAGCGUACAACCACAGUCGGUACAUCACAGCCAACACCUACUGAAGUUACCACACAACAGCCAACAACUACUGCCGGUACAUCACAACCGACACCUACUGAAGGUACCACACAACAGCCUCCAACCACUGUUGGUACAUCACAGGCAACACCUACUGAAGGUACUACACAGCAGCCAACAACCACUGUUGCCACAUCAGAACCAACACCUACUCCAGGGACCACAAAACAGCCUACAACCACAGUCGGUACAUCACAGCCAACACCUACUGAAGUUACCACACAACAGCCAACAACUACUGCAGGUACAUCACAACCAACACCUACUGAAGGUACUACACAACAGCGUACAACCACUGUCGGUACAUCACAACCAACACCUACUGAAGGUACAACACAACAGCCUACAACCACUGUCGGCAUAUCACAGCCAACAACUACUUCAGGUACCACACAACAGACUACAACCACUGUCGGCAUAUCACAGCCAACAUCUACUGAAGUUACCACCCAACAGCCAACAACUACUGCCGGUACAUCACAACCAACACCUACUGAAGGUACCACACAACAGCCUACAACCACUGUUGGUACAUCACAGGCAACACCUACUGAAGGUACUACACAGCAGCCAACAACCACUGUUGGUACAUCAGAACCAACACCUACUCCAGGGACCACAAAGCAGCCAACAACUACUGCCGGUACAUCACAACAAACAACUACUCCAGGUACUACACAACAGCUUACAACCACGGUUGGUACAUCACAACCAACACCUACUCCAGGUACCACACUACAGCCUUCAACCACUGUUGGUACAUCACAACCAACAACUUUUGAAAGUACCACAAAACAAUCAUCAACCACUGUCGGUAUAUCACAACCAACAACUACUUCAGGUACCACACAACAGCCUACAACCACUGCCGGUACAUCACAACCAACACCUACUGAAGGUACCACACAACAGCCAACAACCACUGUCGGCACAUCACAUCAAACAUCUACUGAAGGUUCUACACAACAGAGUACAACCACUGUUGGUACAUCACAGCCAACAACUACUCUAGGUACGACAAAGCAGCCUACAACCACUGUCGGAACAUCUAAACCAACAACUACUGAAGGUACUACACAGCAGCAAACAACUAUUGUCGGUACAUCACAACCAACAACUACUCCAGGUACUACACAACAGCCUACAGCCACUGUUGGGACAUCACAGCCAACACCUACAUCAGGUACCACACAACAGCUUACAACCAGUGCCGGUACAUCACAACCAACACCUACUGAAGGUACCACACAACAGCCUUCAACCACUGUUGGUACAUCACAACCAACACCUACUACAGGUACCACACAACAACCAACAACCACUGUCGGUACAUCACAGCCAACACCUACUGAAGGUACUACACAACUGCCUACAACCACUGUUGGUACAUCACAGCCAACAACCACUGUCGGUACAGCACAGCCAACACCUACUGAAGGUACCACACCAUCUGCAGGUUCCACAAAACAGGCAACAACCACUGUCGGUAUAUCACAACCAACAACUUCUCCAGGUACUACUCAACAGCCUACAACCACUGUCGGUACAUCACAACCAUUACCUACUGAAAGUACCACAGAACAGCCUACAACCACUGUCGGUACAUCACAACCAACAACUACUCCAGGUACUACACAACAGCCUACAACCACUGUCGGUACAUCACAACCAACACCUACUCCAGGUACUACACAACAGCCUACAACCACUGUCGGUACAUCACAACCAACACCUACUCCAGGUACUACUCAACAGCCUACAACCACUGUCGGUACAUCACAACCAACACCUACUAAAGGUACCACAAAACAGCCAACAACCACUGUUGGUACAACACAACCAACAACUACUGAAGGUACUACACAACAGCCUACAACGACUGUUGGUACAUCACUACCAACACCUACUCCCGGUACCACACAACAACCUACAACCUCUGUCGGAACAUCACAACCAACACAUACUGAAGGUACCACACAACAGCCAACAUCCACUGUUAGUACCACACAACAGCCUACAACCACUGUCGGUACAUCAAAAGCAACACCUACUGAAGGUACUACACUCCAGCCAACAACCAAUGUCGGCACAUCACAGCCAACACCUACGACAGGUACUACACAACAGCCUACAACCACUGUUGGAACAUCACAGCCAACUCUUGGUCUAAGUACCACACAACAGCCUACCACAACAGCAGCAUCACAGGCCACAACCACUGUCGGUACAUCACAGCCAACACCUACGACAGGCACUACACAACAGCCUACAACCACUGUCGGUACAACACAGCCAACACCUGCUCCAGGUACCACACCACAGCCUACAACCUCUGCCGGAACAUCAGAAUCAACACCUACUCCGGUUACUACACCACAACCGAUUACAUCUCCAGCUACAACACAACCAUUAUCUACGCCUGUUGUAACAGAACAGUCUUCAAGUACAACAUUAACAACUCCUCAAACAGGCCAGACAGAGACUGUAACAACAAGUGUUGGAACAAAUCCAACAGGUACAACAACAUCGGGCGAACUCACUACACCGCCACUGCCACCAACAGUAAGUACCACACAAAGGUCUACGACCACUUCAGUGACAUCACAACCAACAACUUCUGCAGGAACUACACAGCAGUCUACAACAACUUCACUGACAUCAACACCGAUACCUACUACAGGUACAACGCAACAGCCUACAACCACUGUCGGAACCUCACAAGUAACAACCACUCCAGGUACCACAUCACAACCAACGACUUCUCUAGGUACUACUCAACAGCCUACAACCACUGUUGGUACAACAGAACCAACACCUACUGAAAGUACCACACAACAGCCUACAACCACUGUUGGUACAACACAGCCAACACCUACCCCAGGUACCACACAACAGCCUACAACCACUGUCGGUACUACGCAGCCAACACCAACUCCAGUAACUACUCAACAGCCUACAACCACUGUUGGUACAACAGAGUCAACACCUACUGAAAGUACCACACAACAGCCUACAACCACUGUUGGUAAAACACAGCCAACACCUACACCAGGUACCACACAACAGCCUACAACCACUGUCGGUACUACGCAGCCAACACCAACUCCAGUAACUACUCAAGAGCCUACAACCACUGUCGGUAUAUCACAACCAACACCUACUCCAGGUACUACUCAACAACCUACAACCACUGUUGGUACAUCUCAACCAACACCAACUCCAGGUAUCACAUCACAACCAACAACCACUGCAGGUACAACUCAACACCAUACAACCACAGUCGGUACAUCACAGCCAACACAUACUAAAAGUACUACACAAAAGUCAUCAACAACUGCAGCAUCACUACCUACAUCUACUCCAGCACAUACUACAGCGUCAGCUCCUACCACAGAAAAACCAAAUAUAUGCACAGAUGUUGAAGGUAUGGCAAAUCCAUCUCUCACACCAGACAUUAAGGUAAACGAACAACCAGAUGUUGAAGAUAUCCGUCCUGGAGGGAAGAUGUUAUUAAUAAACGAAAGCCAAGCAAAUAUCGAAAUAAAUCUUGGAAAAUCAACUCAGCUUGGAUCUGUCAAAUUUGUAAAAGCUGACGAAAGUAAUAUUAAAACAUUCACUGUUCUACUGGUAAAGAAUGAUGGUGAAACUCCAGAGCCUUAUUUAGGUGGGAAGGUAUAUCAGGGAGAUGAACUAGUAACAUUUGAAAUGGAUACGUUUGCAGUCAAAGUUAUUGUUAGUGUUACGGAUAAAGUAGAUAGUAAUCUGGACUACUCAUUGGAAGUGGAAUUGCGGGCUUGUUUCAUGACAGGUACAACACUACAUUCCACGACCGGAUCACAGACGACACCAUCUACGACCGAAACUACACCAGUUAUGACUACUAGUGGUGUCACAAAAACAGUUACCAGUACACCAUCAACAACUUCAGAAACCACCGCGGGAACUACUGCCACCACUUCUCCCACCACCUCUGUAACCACUCCACCUCCACCUGCUCCACCAGUCAGUACAUCACCUAUCCCAGUAACUACACACCCAGUUACUACAGGUACGUCUCAGUCAGGUACCACUCAACAGUACACAACAGCAACAGCAUCACAGCCAACACCAACUACAGGUACUACACAACAGUCUACAACCACUGUCGGAACAUCACAACAAACACCUACUCCAGGUACUACACAACAGCCUACAACCACUGGAACAUCACAGCAAACAACUACUCCAGGCACCACACAACAGCCUACAACCGCUGUCGGUACAUCACAGCCAACACCUACUCCAGGCACCACACAACAGCCUACAACCGCUAUCGGUACAUCACAGCAAACACCUACGACAGGUACUACACAACAGCCUACAACCACUGGAACAUCACAGCAAACAACUACUCCAGGCACCACACAACAGCCUACAACCGCUGUCGGUACAUCACAGCCAACACCUACGACAGGUACUACACAACAGCCUACAACCACUGUCGGUACAUCGCAGCAAACACCUACGACAGGAACCACACAACAGCCUACAACCACUGUUGGUACAUCACAGGCAACACCCACUCCUGGUACCACACAACAACCUUCAACCACUGGAACAUCACAGCAAAGAACUACUACUGGAACCACAACUUCAGCAACAGGCCAGACAAAAGUUCAGACUACAACCGUUGGCACAAUGUCAACUGGUGGAACAACAUCGAGCGUACCCACAACACCGCAACUGCCACCAACACCAAGUGUCACUGAACAGUCUACGACCAUUUCAGUGACAUCACAACCAACUACUACUCCAGGUACUACACAGCAGUCUACAACAACAGCAUCAUCACAACCAACACCUACGACGGGUACUACACAACAGCUUACAACCACUGUCAGUACAUUACAGGCAACACCUACUCCAGGUACUACACAACAGCCUACAACCACUGUUGGUACAUCACAGCAAACACCUACGACAGGUACCACACAACAACCUACAACCACUGUCGGUACAUCACAACCAACACCUACUACUGGUACUCCACAACAGUCUACAACCACUGUUGGUACAUCACAGCAAACACCUACGACAGGUUAUACACAGCAACCUACAACCACUACCGGUACAUCACAGGCAACACCUACCCCAGGUUCCACACAACAGCCUACAACCACUACAACAACUACUACAGGUACAACACAACAGUCUACAACCACUGUAGCAUCACAGCAAACAACUACGACAGGUACCACACAACAGCAUACGACCACCGUCGGUACAUCGCAGCAAACAACUACUGCAGUUACUACACAGGAGCCUACAACCACAGUUGGUACAUCACAGGCAACUCCUACUCCAGGUACUACACAACAGCCUACAACCAGUGUUGGUACAUCACAGCAAACACCUACGACAGGUAACACACAGAAACCUACAACCACUGUCAGUACAUCACAACCAACACCUACUACUGGUACCACACAACAGCCUUCAACCACUGUUGGUACAUCACAGCAAACACCUACCACAGGUUCUACACAGCAGUCUACAACCACUAUCGGUACAUCACAGGCAACACCUACUCCAGGUUCCACAGAGAAGCCUACAACCACUGCAGCAUCACAGCCAACACCUACUCCAGGUACUACACAACAGCCUACAACCACUGUCGGUACAUCACAACCAACACCUACUCCAGGUACUACACAACAGCCUACAACCACUGUCGGUACAUCACGACCAACACCUACUACGGGUACAACACAACAACCUACAACCACUGUCGGUACAUCACAGCAAACACUUACGACAGGUACCACACAGCAACCAACAACCACUGUCGGUACAUCAAAACCAACACCUACUACUGGUACCACACAACAGCCUACAACCACUGUUGGUACAUCACAGUCAAAACCUACUCCAGGAACUACACAAAAGCCUACAACCACUGCAACACCACAGCAAACAACUACCGGUACUACACAACAGUCUACAACCACUGUCGGUACAUCACAACCAACAACUACUGCGGGUUCAACACAGCAGCCUACAACCACUGUUGGUACAUCACAACUGACAACUACUACAGGUACUACACCACAGCGUACAACCACUGUAGGUACAUCACAGACAACAGCUACUCCAGGUACCACACAACAGCCUACAACCACUGCAGCAUCACAGCCAACACCUACUCCAGGUACUACACCACAACCUACAACCACUGCAGGAUCACAGCCAACACCUACUGCGGGUACAACACAACAGCCUUCAACAACUGUAAUAUCAUCAUCAACGCCAACAUCUACUACAGAAACAGUACAAAGUACUAUCACAACACCCCAAGGAAUAUGUACGAAUCCCAAAACUUUCAAGUUUGAAAAUAGAAAUGACAAAGAUCUUGAAAUAAAAACAACUAAUGGCAAAGUUGGCCAAGAUUCAGAAAAUGCAUUUGAAGGAUCAUCAGGUAGCUGGACUCCAAUUACUGACGGUAGUAGCAUAGAAUAUGUCAUAAAUGGUAAAAAUAAUCUCGCUACAUUUGUUGAUAUUGUGGUGAAACUCCUAAAUAUUGAGAGGAUUACAGUGGAUUUACUUGACUCAGAAGGAAAUGUUAUCAGCACAAAAACUCAAACAUACCAAACGAAAGAAGUGAAAGAAACCUUCACAUUGAAUUUCAAUAUGACAGAUGCAGACUCUAUGCGCAUCAAUGUUAAACCAAUGGACAAUAUUGAAGCUACACCAAGCAUUUCAGAUGUUAAAUUUAGAGUCUGUUAUGUACCAGUUACCAGUGCAGCAUCAACAACUACAGCAAUAACUACGGGCACAACGGCAACCACUACUGGCACCACUCCACCUCCACCUGCACCACCAGUCAGUACAUCACCAAUCCCAGUAACUACAAGUACAUUGCAGUCAAGUACCACACAAAAGUCUACAACAGCAACAGCACAGACAACUCCUACUACAGGUACAACACAACAGUCUACAACCACUGUCGGUACAUCACAGCAAACAACUACUGCAGGUACUACACAGGCAACACCUACUUCAGGUACUACACAGCAGCCAACAACCACUGUCGGUACAUCACAACCAACACCGACUCUACGUUCUACACAACAGCCAACAACAACUGUUGGUACAUCACAGCCAACACCUACUCCAGGUACUACACAGCAGCCUACUACAACUGCUGGUAUAUCGCAGACAACACCUACGACAGGUACUACACAACAGCCUCCAACCACUGUCGGUACAACACAACCAACACCUACUCCAGGUACUACACAACAAUCUACAACAACUGGAACCACAACUUCAGGAACAGGCCAGACAAAAGUUCAGACUACGACCAUUGGCACAAUGUCAACUGGUGGAACAACACAGAGCGGAGGCACACCACCGCCACUGCCACCUACUCCAGGUACUACACAACAGCUUACAACCACUGUCGGUACAUCACAGACAACACCUACUCCAGGUACUACACAACAGCCUACAACUACUGUUGGUACAUCACAGCAAACACCUACGACAGGUACCACACAGCAACCUACAACCACUGUCGGUACAUCACAACCAACACCUACUACUGGUACCACACAACAGCCUACAACCACUGUUGGUACAUCACAGCAAACACCUACGACAGGUACCACACAUCAGCCUACAACCACUGUCGGUACAUCACAGGCAACACCCACUACUGGUACCACACAACAGACUACAACCACUGCAACAUCGCAACAAACAACUACUACAGGUACUACACAACAGUCCACAACCACUGUCGGUACAUCACAGCAAACAACUACUACAGGUACUUCACAGGUAACACCUACACCAGGUACCACAAAACAGCCUACAACUACUGCAGCAUCACAGCAAACAACUACUCCAGGCACCACACAACAGCCUACAACCGCUGUCGGUACAUCACAGCCAACACCUACGACAGGUACCACACAACAACCUACAACCACUGGAUCAUCACAGCAAAGAACUACUACUGGUACCACAACUUCAGGAACAGGUCAGACAAAAGUUCAGACUACAACCGUUGGCACAAUGUCAACUGGUACUACGCAGCAAUCUACAACACCAGCAUCAUCACAACCAACACCUACUCCAGGUACUACACAACAGCUUACAAACACUGUCGGUACAUCACAGGCAACACCUACUCCAGGUACUACACAACAGCCUACAACCACUGUUGGUACAUCACAGCAAACACCUACGACAGGUACCACACAGCAACCUACAACCACUGUCGGUACAUCACAGGCAACACCCACUACUGGUACCACACAACAGACUACAACCACUGCAACAUCGCAACAAACAACUACUACAGGUACUACACAACAGUCCACAACCACUGUUGGUACAUCACAGCAAACAACUACUACAGGUACUACACAGGUAACACCUACUUCAGGUACCACACAACAGCCUACAACUACUUCAGCAUCACAUCAAACAACUACUCCAGGCACCACACAACAGCCUACAACCGCUGUCGGUACAUCACAGCCAACACCUACGACAGGUACCACACAACAGCCUACAACCACUAGAUCAUCACAGCAAACAACUACUACUGGUACCACAACUUCAGGAACAGGCCAGACAAAAGUUCAGACUACAACCGUUGGCACAAUAUCAACUGGUGGAACAACCUUGAGCGGAUCCACAACACCGCCACUGCCACCAACACCAAGUAUCACUGAACAGUCUACGACUAUUCCAGUGACAUCUCAAAUAACUACUAUUCCAGGCACUACACAGCAGUCUACAACAACAGCAUCAUCACAACCAACACCUACUCCAGGUACAACACAACAGCUUACAACCACUGUCGGUACAUCACAGGCAACACCUACUCCAGGUACUACACAACAGCCUACAACCACUGUUGGUACAUCACAGCAAACACCUACGACAGGUACCACACAGCAACCUACAACCACUGUCGGUACAUCACAACCAACACCUACUACUGGUACCACACAACAGCCUACAACCACUGUUGGUACAUCACAGCAAACACCUACGACAGGCAUCACACAUCAGCCUACAACCACUGUCGGUACAUCACAGGCAACACCCACUACUGGUACCACACAACAGACUACAACCACUGCAACAUCGCAACAAACAACUACUACAGGUACUACACAACAGUCCAUAACCACUGUCGGAACAUCACAGCAAACAACUACUACAGGUACUACACAGGUAACACCUACUCCAGGUACCACACAACAGCCUACAACUACUUCAGCAUCACAGCAAACAACUACUCCAGGCACCACACAACAGCCUACAACCGCUGUCGGUACAUCACAGCCAACACCUACGACAGGAACCACACAACAGCCUACAACCACUGGAGGAUUACAGCAAACAACUUCUCCAGGCACCACACAACAGCCUACAACCGCUGUCGGUACAUCACAGCCAACACCUACGACAGGUACCACACAACAGCCUACAACUACUGCAGCAUCACAGCAAACAACUACUCUACGCUCCACACAACAGCCUACAACCGCUGUCGGUACAUCACGGCAAACACCUACGACAGGUACCACACAACAGCCUACAACCACUGCAACAUCACAGCAAACCACAACUACUGGAACCACAACUUCAGGAACAGGCCAAACAAAAGUUCAGACUACAACCGUUGGCACAAUGUCAACUGGUGGAACAACAACGAGCGUACCCACAACACCGCCACUGCCACCAACACCAAGUGUCACUGAACAGUCUACGACCAUUUCAGUGACAUCACAACCAACUACUACUCCAGGUACUACACAGCAGUCUUCAACAACAGCAUCAUCACAACCAACACCUACGACGGGUACUACACAACAACUUACAACCACUGUCGGUACAUCACAGGCAACACCUACUACAGGUACUACACAACAGCCUACAACCACUGUUGGUACAUCACAGCAAACACCUACGACAGGUACCACACAGCAACCUACAACCACUGUCGGUACAUCACAUCCAACACCUACUACUGGUACCCCACAACAGUCUACAAGCACUGUUGGUACAUCACAACCAACACCUACUCCAGGUACUACACAACAGCCUACAACCACUGUCGGUACAUCACAACCAACACCUACUCCAGGUACUACACAACAGCCUACAACCACUGUCGGUACAUCACGACCAACACCUACUACGGGUACAACACAACAACCUACAACCACUGUCGGUACAUCACAGCAAACACUUACGACAGGUACCACACAGCAACCAACAACCACUGUCGGUACAUCACAGGCAACACCUACUACAGGUACUACACAACAGCCUACAACCACUGUUGGUACAUCACAGCAAACACCUACGACAGGUACCACACAGCUACCUACAACCACUGUCGGUACAUCACAGUCAACACCUACUGCAGGUACUACACAACAGCCUACAACCACUGCAACAUCACAGCAAACAACUACCGGUACUACACAACAGUCUACAACCGCUGUCGGUACAUCACAACCAACAACUACUGCAGGUACAACACAGCAGCCUACAACCAUUGUUGGUACAUCACAACCAACAUCUACUACAGGUACUACACCACAGCGUACAACCUCUGUUGGUACAUCACAGACAACUGCUACUCCAGGUACCACACAACAGCCUACAACUACUGCAGCAUCACAGCCAACACCUACUCCGGGUACUACACCACAACCUACAACCACUGCAGGAUCACAGCCAACACCUACUGCAGGUACAACACAACAGCCUUCAACAACUGUAAUAUCAUCAUCAACGCCAACAUCUACUACAGAAACAGUACAAAGUACUAUCACAACACCCCAAGGAGUAUGUACGAAUCCCAAAACUUUCAAGUUUGAAAAUAGAAAUGACACAGAUCUUGAAAUAAAAACAACUAAUGGCAAAGUUGGCCAGGAUUCAGUAAACGCAUUUGAAGGAUCCACAGGUAGCUGGACUCCAAUUACUGACGGUAGUAGCAUAGAAUAUGUCAUAAAUGGUAAAAAUAAUCCCGCUACAUUUGUUGAUAUUGUGGUGAAACUCCUAAAUAUUGAGAGGAUUACAGUGGAUUUACUUGACUCAGAAGGAAAUGUUAUCAGCACAAAAACUCAAACAUACCAAACGAAAGAAGUGAAAGAAACCUUCACAUUGAAUUUCAAUAUGACAGAUGCAGACUCUAUGCGCAUCAAUGUAAAACCAAUGGACAAUAUUGAAGCUACACCAAGCAUUUCAGAUGUUAAAUUUAGAGUCUGUUAUGUACCAGUUACCAGUGCAGCAUCAACAACUACAGCAAUAACCACGGGCACAACGGCAACCACUACUGGCACCACUCCACCUCCACCUGCUCCACCAGUCAGUACAUCACCUAUCCCAGUAACUACAAGUACAUUUCAGUCAAGUACCACACAAACGUCUACAACAGCAACAGAACAGACAACCCCUACUACAGGUACUACACAACAGUCUACAACCACUGUCGGAACAUCACAGCAAACAACUACUGCAGGUACUACACAGGUAACACCUACUUCAGGUACUACACAACAAUCUAUAACCACUGUCGGUACAUCACAGCCAACACCUACUCCAGGUACUACACAGCAGUCUACAACCACUGUCGGUACAUCACAGCCAACACCUACUCCAGGUACUACACAACAGUCUACAACCACUGUCUUUACAUCACAGCCAACACCUACUCCAGGUACUACACAGCAGCCAACAACCACUGUUGGUACAACACAACCAACACCUACUCCAGGUACUACACAACUGCCAACAACCACUGUCGGUACAUCACAACCAACACCUACUGAAGGUACCACACAACAGCCAACAACCACUGUCGGUACAUCAAAACCAACACCUACUCCAGGUAGUACACAGCAGUCUACAACAACAGCAUCAUCACAACCAACAUCUACUCCAGGUACUACACAACAGUCUACAACCACUGUCGGUACAUCACAGCAAACAACUACUGCAGGUACCACACAGGUAACACCUACUCCAGGUACUACACAACAGUCUACAACUACUGUCGGUACAUCACAGCCAACACCUACUCUAGGAUCUACACAACAGCCAACAACAACUGUUGGUACAUCACAGCCAACACCUACUCCAGGUACUACACAGCAGCCAACAACCACUGUUGGUACAACACAACCAACACCUACUCCAGGUACUACACAACUGCCAACAACCACUGUCGGUACAUCAAAACCAACACCUACUCCAGGUACCUCAAAACAGCCUACAACUACUGUAGUAUCACAGUCAGCACCUACUCCAGGUAGUACACAGCAGUCUACAACAACGACAUUAUCACAACCAACACCUACUCCAGGUAGUACACAGCAGUCUACAACAACAGAAUCACCACAACCAACACCUACUACAGGUACUACACAGCAGUCUACAACCACUGUCGGUACAUCACAACAAACAACUACUGCAGGUACUACACAGGUAACACCUACUUCAGGUACUACACAACAAUCUACAACCACUGUCGGUACAUUACAGCCAACACCUACUCCAGGUACUACACAGCAGUCUACAACCACUGUCGGUACAUCAGAGCCAACACCUACUCCAGGUACUACACAACAGUCUACAACCACUGUCGGUACAUCACAGCCAACACCUACUCCAGGUACUACACAGCAGCCAACAACCACUGUUGGUACAACACAACCAACACCUACUCCAGGUACAACACAACUGCCAACAACCACUGUCGGUACAUCACAACCAACACCUACUGAAGGUUCCACACAACAGCCAACAACCACUGUCGGUACAUCAAAACCAACACCUACUCCAGGUACUUCAAAACAGCCUACAACUACUGUAGCAUCACAGUCUACACCUACUCCAGGUAGUACACAGCAGUCUACAACAACAGCAUCAUCACAACCAACAUCUACUCCAGGUACUACACAACAGUCUACAACCACUGUCGGAACAUCAGAGCAAACAACUACUGCAGGUACUACACAGGUAACACCUACUCCAGGUACUACACAACAGUCUACAACCACUGUCGGAACAUCACAGCAAACAACUACUGCAGGUACUACACAGCCAACCGCUACUGCAGGUAGUACACAGCAGUUUACAACAACAGAAUCAUCACAACCAACACCUACUACAGGUACUACACAACAGUCUACAACCACUGUCGGUACAUCACAGCAAACAACUACUGCAGGUACUACAAAGGUAACACCUACUCCAGGUACUACACAACAGUCUACAACCACUGUCGGUACAUCACAGCCAACACCUACUCCAGGUACUACACAGCAGCCAACAACCACUGUUGGUACAACACAACCAACACCUACUCCAGGUACUACACAGCUGCCAACAACCACUGUCGGGACAUCACAACCAACACCUACUGAAGGUACCACACAACUGCCAACAACCACUGUCGGGACAUCACAACCAACACCUACUCCAGGUACUACACAACAGUCUACAACCACUGUCGGAACAUCAGAGCAAACAACUACUGCAGGUACUACACAGGUAACACCUACUCAAGGUACUACACAACAGUCUACAACCACUGUCGGAACAUCACAGAAAACAACUACUGCAGGUACUACACAGUCAACCGCUACUCCUGGUAGUACACAGCAGUCUACAAUAACAGAAUCAUCACAACCAACACCUACUACAGGUGCUACACAGCAGUCUACAACCACUGUCGGUACAUCACAGCAAACAACUACUGCAGGUACUACACAGGUAACACCUACUCCAGGUACUACACAACAGUCUACAACCACUGUCGGUACAUCACAGCCAACACCUACUCCAGGUACUACACAGCAGCCAACAACCACUGUUGGUACAACACAACCAACACCUACUCCAGGUACUACACAACUGCCAACAACCACUGUCGGGACAUCACAACCAACACCAACUGAAGGUACCACACAACUGCCAACAACCACUGUCGGUACAUCAAAACCAACACCUACUCCAGGUACUUCAAAACAGCCUACAACUACUGUAGCAUCACAGUCAACACCUACUCCAGGUACUACACAACAGUCUACAACCACUGUCGGAACAUCACAGCAAACAACUACUGCAGGUACUACACAACCAACCCCUACUCCAGGUACUACACAUCAGUCUACAACAACAGCAUCAUCACAACCAACACCUACUCAAGGCACUACACAACAGUAUACAACAACUGUAGGUAUAUCACAAACAACACCUACUGAAGGUACCACACAACAGCCUACAACAACUGUCGCAACUUCACAACCAACACCUACUACAGGUACUACACAAAAGCCUACUACCACUGUAGGUACAUCACAGCAAACACCUACUCCAGGUACAACACAAAAGCCUACAACCACAACAGCAUCACAACCAACACAUACUGAAGGUACCUCACAACCAACACCAAAUACAGGUACUACACAACAGUCUACAACCACUACAUUAACAACUUUGAAAACGGGCCAAACGAUCAUUGGGACUACAACUGUUGGCACAAUGUCAACUGGUGUUACAAGAUCGAGCGAAUCUACAACACCACCACUACCACCAACACCGAGAACAUCCCAACUGUCUACAACCACUACAGCAACAUCUCAACCAAGAACGUCUACAGGCAAUACACAACAGCCAACCACAACAGCAACAUCACAGCAAACAACUACUCUAGUUACAACAAAACAAUCAACAACUACUACAACAUCACAGCCAACACCUGCUCCUGGUACUACACAACAGCCAACUACAACAGCAGCAUCGCAGACAACAACUACUUCAGGUACUACACAACAGUCUACAACCACUGUCGGUACAUCACAGCCAACAACUACUCCAGGUACCACACAACAGCCAACAACAACAGCAUCAUCACAACAAACACCUACCACAGGUACUACACACCAGUCUACAACCACUGUCGGUACAUCACAGCCAACAACUACUCCAGGUACCACACAACAGCCAACAACAACACCAUCAUCACAACAAACACCUACUACAGGUACUACACAACAGCCUACAACAACUGUCGGUACAUCACAACAAAUACCUACCACAGGUACUACACAAAAGCCUUCAACUACUCCAGGUACCACACAACAGACAACAACCAUUGUCGGUACAUCACAACAAACACCUACUACCAGUACUACACAACAGCCUACAACCACUGUCGGUACAUCACAACAAACAAUUACCACAGGUACUACACAACAGCCUACAACAACUGUCGGUACAUCACAACAAACACCUACCACAGGUACUACACAACAGCCUACAACCACUGUAGCAUCACAGCCAACACCUAUUGAAGGUACUACACAGCAGCCUACAACCACUGUUGGUACAUCACAGGCAACAGCUACUACAGGUACCACACAACAGCUAACCACAACAGCAACAUCACAGCCAACAACUGCUUUAGUUACUACCCCAAGCACUGUUGCAACACCUUCAGUAACAACAUCAGUAACAACUACUUCACCAUCAGUUACAGGUGUUUCAACUACCCCAGGUACAGAGCCGACAACUGAAGCUACAAAACAAUCUACAACUUCAACCUCAUCAACAUCUGCUACAGAGAAAACAACAACAGUUUCAACGACAUAUGUUCCAACUGAAACUACGACAGGUUCAUCUAUGAGUAGUCCCCAAGUUACUUCAACGACACUAACAAUGACACCAUUCACUACUGGAUCAACAGUCACCACAACAGUAACAGUAACCUUAUCAACAACAGUUCCAGAACAAUGUAUAUUUACCAAAGAAAUCUUCCAAGACAAAUUUGGAUAUGACACAACUAAAGUUAUAGGUUACAUAGAAAAAGAUGGAAAGCCAGGUUUUACAUCAACAUCGGAAGGGGUUAACAUUGGUGAUAUCUUACAAAUUGGAACAGUUGUUAAUGCUCCCGAUUGCACUAAUUGUACUUGUACAGAAGGUGGAUAUAUUGAAUGUGUAACUGGAUCUUGUCAAUAUUGUGAAUACAGUGACUGGUCUGAAUGGACAGAGUGUUCUAAACCAUGUGACAAUGGUGGCAAGUCUAGGAAUAGAACUGCAGUAACUAUUCGUCCUGAGUGUAACAACCUGACAGAAAUAGUGGAUUGUAACACUCAUCUUUGUCCUUUUACAACAACAACACCUUAUUGUGAAACUUGGAGCGAGUGGUCCGAUUGUAGUAGUCAAAAUUGUGAACAAGGACAAAGAACAAGACAGAGGAAAUGUCCAGAUGUAAAAACAGAGGAUGAGCCAUGUAUAGGAGAAAAUGUCAAUUGCACUACCACACCUUGUGUACCUCCUCUUGUAAUGAAGGAAUGUGUAAAACAAUGUCCAGGAACAUGCAAAGCACUUAGAAUGAAUACAUGUACAGAACCAGAUGAUUGUGAACCUGGCUGUGGAUGUCCUGCUGGAGAAGUAAUGGAUGAUAAUGCAAACUGUGUUAAAGAAGAAGAAUGUCCAUGUUAUAAUAUCAAUGGUGUUAUUAUCCAUGAAAACUUUACAGUUAACAAAGAAGGCAGUCCAUGUGAAGAAUGCAAAUGUUCCAUGGGAAGUAUAACAUGCUAUGACAAACCUGACUGUUGUGACUGGGCACAGUGGACGUCAUGGGGUUCAUGUUCAUCAUCAUGUGAAGAGGGAGUUCGAUACAGACACAGGUCACUUAAAAUUGGCCAGUUAGAAAACUGUGGAACAAAUAUGGAGACUGAGAAAUGUCCCGAACCUGUUCCGAUACCCGAUACUUGUGUUGAGUGUUUGAUUGAAGGGAAACCAUACUCUAAUGGUCAGGUGAUCCCGGAUAGAGGAGGAGAUUGUAGUACAUGUUACUGUACGAAUAUGCAAGAAAUCUGUUUGCCUGACUCAUCAAAAAAUGUUGAUGGAGCCUGGUCACUAUGGUCUGAAUGGGGUCAAUGUUCUAGAACAUGUGAAGGUGGUGAGCGUGUCCGUACCAGAGGUUGUAAUGAUCCAGUACCUAUGUGUAAUGGAGGCAAAUGCCCAGGAAAUAAUACAGAGGUGGAACAGUGCAACAAUGAUGUGCCAUGUUGUCAGGUAUCACAGUGGACUGAAUGGGGACAAUGCACUGUUACCUGUGGAGAGGGUAACCAAAUUCGACAACGAAGCUAUGUAAAUUCUUCUGAUGAAAUGUUAUGUCCACCGCUUGACAAAAUCGAUUCACAACCAUGUAAUGCCGGCAGCUGUACAUGUGUAUAUGAUGAGUGGUCUGAUUGGUCUGACUGCACUGCUUCUUGUGGAUUAGGACUCAAAGACAGAAGCAAAACCCUACAGGAACCAAAUGCCAAAUGUAAUUCAACUAUAAGGGAUGUUACAGUGUGUUAUCAGCAGGAUUGUUUAUGCGAUAAAGAUCAUCAACAAUGGACAAACUACUCUUAUUGUCAGAAGACAUGUGCUAAUCGCCAUUUGCCUGAAUCAGACAUGUGUAGUGAAGAAGAGCAGGGAUGUAUCUGUAAGGAAGGUUAUUUCCUCAACUAUAACGAUGUUUGUGUCUUGGAGGAACAGUGUGUGUGCAAUACAUCUAUCGGUGUCAAGGAGAAUGGUGAAUCGUGGACUAAUCCUGAAAAUAAAUGUGAACAGUGUGAAUGUGUGGACUCUCAGAUCAAAUGUUACAGAAAAUGCCAGGAAAUCACAUCAUGUUUACCUGGUGAAGUUCUUGUUCCAGUCAGUGAUUGCUGUUCAAGAUGUGAAAAACCUAAAGAUACAUGUCAGCUAUACACAGAAUCUAAACCACUGAUAAGAGAUGGCUGUGUGUCUGUUGACAAUGUGACAUAUAAUUAUUGUUCUGGAGGAUGUGGAGAUAGCAUCAAUAAGCCAAUGUUGCUGCCUGAAGGAAUAGAUUAUGAAGAAUCAAUGAGUAAAGAUUGUUCAUGCUGUACUGGCAACAUUAGAGGAUAUAACACUGUCCAAGUAAAGUGUGACCGAAAAAACGGCAUCAUUUCAGCAAGGAUUCCAGUAAUAGACAAGUGUGAAUGCAACAAAUGUGUAUCAACAGAGUACGAAAAAACGCAAAAUUCGGCGACCAAUACUAUAGAAGAACGGAGACGAUAGUAGAGUACCAGUCAUUUGUUAUUUGAAUAUCUGACUCUUUCCUCUGUUUUUAAUGUUUUGUUAAAUAUGUGGUUGUUUAUAUGAUUUUUUCUUUAAACUGUUAUUAAACUUUUCUUGAUACAAAUGGUGUGUAGAAUAAAAUAUGCUAAAAUCA